AUGGCCUCACCUCCCAUCAACCCGUCCCUCGGUUGCCUCGGCCUCCUAGCUGGGGAACUCAGGAACGCAGUAUACACCGAUUUCGUUACUGUCGAGUACAAUAUCGAGGCCGAUAUCGAGGAGACGUGCAAGCCGGGUCACGCGCUCGCUCUCGUCUCAAAACAGAUCCAGCAAGAAUCGGCGAACGUUGUUGGCCCAGCUACUGCCCGCCUUUCGCCGUGUCAUCACACCAAGUUCGCCAUCACUCUACCAGCCAUGGACGAGAUGUCGCCGGAUACAUGCCACAAUUCACUUGUUGCGGCACUCCUCGAAGAGGUCAAGGGCAAGAGACACCACCCCGAGAACGCGCAACAGGGCUACCUCCGCUUCCUCACGCAGCACAUGGGUAACGACGUGCCCUGUGCCGUUGUCGUCCGCCCACGUCUCCCUUGUAGCUCGAGCGUCGAAGUGUUUGGCGCGAGUGCGAAGAGGACCAAACAGAUCGAGACCGAGAUGACCGGUGUCCUUCGAUCCCUCGAAGCGCGCGCGCUGACUACGAGUUUCGACACAAGAGGUCUGCCAUUCGACCAUACUGGCACACCUCGGACCGAGCUUUGCUUGCGCGAUGUCACGAAUAUCGCGGAGCAGCUGAGACACGUUGUCUGUUGUGCUGUUGAGGAGAACUUUGGUGUCGCACGGGCAGAGACGUGA